CCCAGCCGUCAUCGUCAUCCUCCGCCUGUUCUCUGUCUCGCGAGUUUAUGUAAAUCUAUUCUUCACCACCGACGCUCCCCCAUUUCCCCACGCCCCAGUGAGCUGCAGGAUAGUGGCAGUAUAAAGUAUAUCCUCCCUCGGAAAAAGAUAAGACGCCAAGGCAGGAGGGAGAUGAAGAUGGCGGACGCCAAGCAGAAGCGGAACGAGCAGCUGAAACGGUGGCUGGGCUCGGACACCGAUCUUGAGCCGCCCAUCCUCAAGAAAAGGAAGAGCAAGGUGAAGUUCGACGAUGGCGCCGUUUUCUUGGCUGCCUGUUCAAGCGGCGACAGCGACGAGGUUCUCAAACUGCUGGACCGGGGCGCUGACAUCAACUACGCAAAUGUAGACGGGCUCACCGCCCUCCAUCAGGCCUGCAUAGAUGACAAUAUAGAAAUGGUGACAUUUCUGGUCGAAAAUGGGGCAAGUAUCAACCAGCCCGAUAACGAAGGCUGGAUUCCGCUGCAUGCAGCUGCUUCCUGUGGAUAUCUUGAUAUAGCUGAGUAUUUAAUUCGUCAAGGGGCUGAUGUAGGCGUUGUCAACAGUGAAGGGGAGACUCCGCUAGAUAUCGCUGAGGAAGAAGCAAUGGAGGAACUUCUGCAAAAUGAAGUUAAUCGCCAAGGGGUGGAUAUAGAAGCUGUCCGGAAAGAGGAGGAAAGGAUUAUGCUGCGUGAUGCACACCAGUGGUUAAACAGUGGCCAGAUCAAUGAUGUCAGGCAUGCCAAGUCUGGGGGCACUGCAUUGCAUGUGGCUGCUGCAAAGAGUUAUGUAGAGGUUUUAAAGCUUUUAAUCCAGGCAGGGUAUGAUGUAAAUAUUAAAGAUUAUGACGGUUGGACGCCACUCCAUGCUGCUGCACACUGGGGAAAAGAGGAAGCUUGCCGUGUUUUAGUAGAAAGUCUAUGUGAUAUGGACACUGUCAACAAAGUGGGUCAAACAGCCUUUGAUGUAGCAGAUGAAGAUGUCCUUGGUUACUUAGAAGAAUUACAAAAGAAGCAAAAAUUGCUUCUUAGUGAGAAACCGGAAAUUCAGACAACGACAACAACGGAGAACAACCAGUCGCUUAAACCAGGCAAGAAUAAAGAGACUCUCCUCAUCGAGCAGGAGAAGAGCAUGCCCCGCAUAGAGUCUCUGGAGCAGGAGAAAGUAGACGAGGAAGAGGAGGGGAAGAAGGAUGAGUCCAGCUGUUCCAGUGAAGAGGAAGAGGAGGAGGACUCUGAGUCCGAAACAGAAGCAGAAAAAAACAAAACUUCUGUGCCUGUAAAUAAUACAAAUAGUACCACAACACAGCCAUCCAGCGUGACGGUAUCUUCUCCAACAAUACCUACGAACCAGGUUACACCAACGUCACCUGUCAAGAAGUCUGAUUUUAUUACUCCUCUCAUGCCUGUGGCGGAGCUAUGUGAUCCUGCAUCAUGGCGUCAAGGCUUGCGCAAAACUGGCAUUUCUCUUGUGCCCAAUAAGGGUGAAAAGGCUAUGUUUGCUCCUCCUGCUGGCAAGGUCUCUCCAAAAGAGGAGGAGAGGAAAGACGAAUCCCCCGCCUCAUGGAGGUCUGGUCUACGGAAGACUGGUAGCUAUGGGGCACUGGCUGAGAUCACAGCAGCAAAGGAGGCACAGAAAGAGAAGGAAACCACUGGGGUGAUGCGGUCAGCUUCUAGUCCUAGACUUUCUUCCACCUUGGACAACAAGGAUAACAAAGGAACCAGACUGGCUUAUGUGGCACCCACAAUACCAUCCAGAAGACUUGCUAGUGCAUCAGACAUUGACGAAAAAGAAAACAGGGACUCUGCUGCUAGUCUGGUACGUAGUGGGUCUUACACACGGCGCAGGUGGGAUGAUGACCUGAAGAACAAUGAAGGAUCAGCUUCCUCGAACAAAAUGCCAAGUUACCAGCGAAGCACUUCUUACUCACUAGCAGUAGGCAGAAGUAGCAGUGUGAGAGAAGUACCAGCUAAGUCUUCAUCUGCCAUCAGCUUGGAUCCUAAUAAUACUAAACCUUGGCAGCCCCCCUCGACUCAGUACUCGUCUUACAGCAUUUAUAGAAGUGGAUCUUUUGGGAGAAGGCAGGACGACUUGUUUAGUUCUAGUGUUCCAUCCACCACCUCGCCCUCAUCUGUUACCUCGCCCACUGGCCUACAGAGAAGUCUGCUCUUCAGCUCAAGCACUAUUACCAAAACCACCACAGCAACGGCUCCAUCAAGCUUAACAAGCAGUACCUCAAAUCGAUUGUGGUCUGAUGAAAGUGCGGAAAGGGAGAAAGAUUCUGGGCCGACAUCCUUGGCAGUCAUUCCUACCGUCAGUACUGCUGCUUCUACUACUACUACUACCACCACCACCUCCACCACUGGCACUGUACCCUCGGCCGAUGGCAGGGAGCGCCGCAGGUCAUACCUCACUCCUGUCCGAGAUGAAGAGUCAGAGUCUCAAAGGAAAGCCAGGUCCAGACAAGCGAGGCAGUCAAGAAGGUCCACACAGGGUGUAACCCUAACUGAUCUCCAAGAAGCGGAAAAGACUAUUGGUCGUGGCCGUCCAAUUCGAACUCGGGAAGAGGAGAAGGAAAAGGAAGAAAAAGAGAAACAAGACAAAGAAAAACAAGAGGACAAGAAAGAAUCAGAGACACGAGAGGAUGAUUAUCGACAGCGAUACCGGAGCUUUGAAGAGACUUAUCAACGUUACAGACCAACAAGUGCAUCAACAGCAACUUCAUCGUCCACUUCCAGCAGUUCCCUUUACACAUCUAGCCCACUCAGUCGGCCUAACAGCUUGAUAGGCAUUACAUCUGCAUACCCCAGCUACUCUAGGACGUCAAGGGAAACUGAAAAAGAAGCUGAUAAAAAGGAGGAAGAAAAAGAAGGAGAAGAUAAGUCCCAAAUCAAAUCAAUACGUGACAGACGGAGACCCAGGGAAAAACGAAGGUCCACCGGCGUCUCCUUUUGGACACAGGAUAGUGACGAAAAUGAUCAGGAACUGUCAGAUUCAGAAGAAGGGACAAACAGGAAUGAAACCCAGAGCGACAGACUUUCAAGGUAUGACUCUGGAUUGUCUAGCACUGCUGUUGAUCGUUAUGACCAUCUUAUUGGUCGCAGCAACAGUGAAGGUAGAAAACCAUAUUCUAGCAGGCUGGAAAGAGAAGAUACAACCGAUUACAAAAAGCUUUACGAACAGAUUCUAGCUGAAAAUGAGAAACUGAAGGCACAACUACGUGACACAGACUUGCAGCUAGCAGACUUGAAAUUACAAUUGGAGAAGACAACACAGAGACAAGAAAGAUUUGCUGACAGGUCGCUGUUGGAAAUGGAGAAAAGGGAAAGGAGGGUUCUCGAAAGGAGGAUAGCUGAGAUGGAAGAAGAACUCAAGAUGCUACCAGACUUGAAAGCAGACAACCAGAGACUAAAGGAUGAAAACGGAGCCUUGAUUAGAGUCAUAAGCAAACUUUCAAAGUAAACCAGUUUCUACAGCAGCACAACUAAUGGUGUUGCACAGUAAUGUUAAUUGCAACAGACAUCAGCUACAAGGCUAAGAUCUCCUUUCUUUCCAUCUGCAGAAACCCCUGCCCCACAUCCUAUCCUAUUUUAUCAUCCAUUAACCCUAACUAGGUUAUUUUACUGAAACCUGCGGCUGCUGACAAGACUGAGUUUACAGUGAGAAAACAUUACAAGAAAAAUUAAGGCCAGAGACGCCUCGAAUAUUUAACCAGUAAGCCUUAGUUGUACAUAAACACUUGCAUCAAGAGCUCUCUGCUGUCACAGAAGAACAGUUACUCAACACAAGAUUAACUGUGCCACAGAGCUUGCAUAUUUUUCUGUUUUUGUUUCAUCACCUGCUUAGAGGUGUUGUGUGCUGUGCUGUUCGUCUAACCACCCAUGUGCCAGAGGUAUUUUCCUAGUUGCUCAGUGUUCACUCAACUGACCAGUCUGGAGAGGCCCAACAUCUCACCCAGUUAAUGGAUGUUACUGCAAGGGUUGGUUCUGUUUUUUAAACGGAGGAAACCAUUUGUCUCAUUAUAUUGAACAGGUGGACUUGGUGGAACAUUAGCUUUCACUGUAUGUGCAAUAUGCAUUUAUUUCUUAUAAAAUGCUUGAUUUCUUUUCGGCCUUCACCAUUUUGUUUUUUUUUUAGUUUGUAGCGUAAUUGUCGGACUAUACUGUAAUCUUCACUUCACAUUUUAGCCGGUACUGAGUGAGCUGUAUAUAUGUACUGUUUGAGUUUCAGACCACCACAUGGCAUGCAUUAUGCUUCCCUAUUUACAAAAAGUCUGUUACUAUUAAAACGUACAACUGCAAAAAGUGUGUUUUUAACUCAUUUCAAUUAUUUUAUAAUAUAAAUAGUGGAUAUAAUAGAUCACUGUCUUUUAUUUAAAGAUAGCAUACAGUUUUGUGGGGUUUUUUUUGUGUUUUUUUUUUUAUAAGUGUUCACAAUAAUAAAUGUGUGAAAGGGUAGUAAUAAUUGCUUCACUACGUUUCACACAGUGUAUCUUUGGAAGAGUGCUGUUAUUUAACCUGAAGUACUAGCCAAAGCAUCACAAAGUGUUGGGUAUUCCUAACCCCAUCCUUUUCACUUUACUGUCUACAUGCACUGUGUAAAUGCCAUGUGAAGAGUCAUUUAUAGUUUUGAGAGUAUCAUGUCAGAGACCAGAAAUCAGAAGAUAUAUGUUAUGCAUUUCAGUGGCCUUUUCUUUUAGCUAUAGUGAAUAAGACUAAUUGUCAGCAGCAUUUUUUUUUCUUUUUUUCUCCCAGUCGUGGCGUGUAAACAGGAGUGUGACUUCAUACUAGCACACAUUGUGCUGUAUCCUAAACCACUGAAGAUUUCAACCAUUAAAAGAAAUUGUACAUUGUAAAGCUUGCGGUAGCUAUUAUAUUAUCAUUGAUUAUAUUGUAUACUAUAUUACAUGUGAAUUUAUACCCCCUUCAUAAAAAGCAAAACAAGGUCUUCAUGUUUAUUACCUAUUUUAUUUUUAAACCUGGGCAAGCGUCCCUCUGUAUGUCUGUCUUAUUUGGUGAUUGGUUUUGUGUAGGUGUGAGGCCAUGCUCUUGCUACCAUGCUCAGGAUUUUUGAUUUCAAAGGUACAAGGAGGGUUUGAAAUCCCUCGUAUGGAUUGAUCUUGUGUGACUGAUUGAUUUAUGAUGACCCAAAUGUUCACUGAGAAAUUGAGUAUUGCUAAAAGAGUAGAAGUUUGAAUGAUAGUGAACAAUGGAUUAACUGGUUACUCUCACUGAGAAUUAAUUAAAAACUUACAGAUUCUGUUUGUUUUGGGUGCAUGUGCAGAUUUAACAAAGCUACUUGUUUCUAAUAUUUUAGUGUUUUAUAUUUAGGUUAUUUAUUCUUUAUCUGAGACAGUGAAGUUACAGUGGCUACAGUGCUAUGAUUUUAUUGGUAGUAUCGAGCAGACCUUGUAUCAUCAUGAAACUAGUUGCUGAAACUCAGUUAUUUUGAAAAUUGUAUUUUGACAUAUACAAAUAAAAACAAAUAAAGUUA